CAGCAUUGCAGUGUUCCACGCAGCGGUGGAGCAGGGCUUGACAUGUCCAGAUCCCCGGACUCUGGCGACAUGGAAAAUGACAAACUAUCCAGGAGAUCUCCUUGGAAAGGAAGCAGCGGUCAGCGUCCGCCGCUGAAGCGUUUCAUUAGUUCCGGGGGGUGGCCCGAAACUGAGGGUUCUAGACAAGGUCUGGAUGACUCCCCGUUCGUAAAUCGGUUUUGCUUCGACACGGACUCAGAGGAGGAGCGCAAGGAGGAGCCGGUGGUGGAGAGGAGGAAAUCCAGCCUCACGGAGCUGGGCAUUAAACUCACCUCCCUCAUUAUGCCCCUCAAGAUCCAAAGCCAGACUCCCAGCCCCACCCCUUCCCAGGAGCAGACGGCGCCACCAAGCUCUCCUGAGCCCAGCACCACCACCACCACCACAUCCUCUUCCUCAUACUUCUCCGCGUGGCGCCCGGGUCUGAGCCGUGGCCUGUGGGUGUGGGUGGCUGUGGUGGUGGUGCUGGCCGGUCUCCUGGCCCUGCUGGCCAGCCUGGUACUGCAGCCCGCGGUGGAUGCGGCUCCAGUGGGCACCGGGGACUCCUGGAUGACCAUCCAGCAGCUGUUGUGGCCCUACACCAGCCUCCGGCACAAUGGCCAGCCCCCCGUCUGAGCUGAGUGCCCAAAGGGAGAAGGGAUGGACAGUUGGGACAGGCACCACGGGGGGGGGGGGGGGACCGG